UCCCUGAGGUGCACAGACGUCUGGAGCCUGCAGGAGCUGCACAGCGUUCUGGGUUUUUUUUUUUACCCUGCCGACCAGAGGCGCGUCUCUGUUUAAACCCGUGCUCUCUGCCAGUGGAAAUAAACCAAUGCGGGUUUGUUUCAGAGAAGAACCAAGAAAAUAUUUUGUUCUCCAUCGCAUUGGUUUAAUCCAGCAGCCUCUGAGCUGUAGUAUAAACAAUGGCGGGUCCGGAGCAGUCCCAGCAGCAGCAGCAGGUAGAGGAGAAGGCAGAGCACAUAGAUGAUGCUGAGAUGGCUCUGCAAGGUAUUAACAUGCUGCUCAACAACGGAUUCAAAGAGAGCGACGAGCUGUUCAGGAGAUACAGGACCCAGAGUCCCCUGAUGAGCUUUGGGGCCAGUUUCGUCAGUUUCCUGAAUGCCAUGAUGACGUUUGAGGAGGAAAAGAUGCAGACAGCCUGUGAUGACCUGAGGACCACGGAGAAACUGUGUGAGAGUGACAGCGCUGGAGUGAUAGAGACAAUCAGAAACAAGAUAAAGAAGAGUAUGGACUCCCAGAGGUCAGGCGUUGUGGUCGUGGACCGCCUUCAGAGACAGAUUAUUGUUGCCGACUGUCAGGUGUACCUCGCCGUGCUCUCCUUCGUCAAACAGGAACUUUCUGCAUAUAUCAAAGGAGGCUGGAUUCUUCGUAAGGCGUGGAAAAUGUACAAUAAGUGCCACAGUGACAUCAGCCAGCUGCAGGAGGCCUGUCAGCGGAGGCCCUCUGUCAGCCAGGACUCCCUCUCAGUGGACAACGCCAACCACAACGCACCAGUGGAGAACGGCGUGACGGCCGAGGCCCUGGACCGGCUCAAGGGCUCCGUCAGCUUUGGCUAUGGCCUCUUCCAUCUGUGCAUCUCCAUGGUACCUCCACACCUGCUCAAGAUCAUCAACCUGCUGGGCUUCCCCGGUGACCGACUCCAGGGCCUGUCCUCCCUUAUGUAUGCGAGCGAGAGCAAGGACAUGAAGGCACCACUCGCUACGUUGGCCCUCUUGUGGUACCACACGGUAGUGCUGCCCUUCUUUGCUCUGGAUGGCUCUGAUACACAUGAAGGGCUACUGGAAGCCAAAGCCAUUCUGCAGAGAAAGUCGGUGGUUUACCCCAACUCAUCACUCUUCAUGUUCUUUAAAGGACGGGUUCAGAGGCUAGAGUGCCAUAUCAACAGUGCUUUGGCCUGUUUCCAUGAUGCAUUAGAGCUUGCAUCAGACCAAAGAGAGAUCCAGCAUGUGUGUCUCUAUGAGAUUGGUUGGUGCAGCAUGAUAGAGAUGAAUUUUGAAGAUGCAUUCAGGUCAUUUGAAAGGCUGAAGAAUGAGUCACGUUGGUCACAGUGUUACUAUGCCUACCUAACUGGAGUGUGUCAGGGAGCCUCCGGUGACCUGGAUGGAGCAAGCGGAGUUUUCAAAGAUGUGCAGAAGCUGUUCAAGAGAAAAAACAACCAGAUAGAGCAGUUUGCUGUCAAAAGGGCUGAGAGAUUGAGAAAGAUCUCGCCCACCAGAGAGCUGUGCAUCCUCGGUGUAAUUGAAGUGCUGUAUCUGUGGAAAGCACUUCCAAACUGCUCCUCAUCCAAGCUGCAGAUAAUGAAUCAGGUGUUACAGAGCUUAGAUGACGCUUCGUGCAGAGGCCUGAAACAUCUCCUUCUUGGUGCCAUUCACAAAUGUCAUGGGAAUAUGAGAGAUGCUGUGCAGUCUUUCCAGCUGGCUGCUAGAGACGAGUACGGGCGGCAGAUCAACUCAUAUGUUCAACCAUAUGCUGUCUAUGAACUGGGAUGUAUACUCCUUUCACAACCAGAGACAGUGGGAAAGGGAAGGUCAUUGCUACUUCAAGCAAAGGAGGAUUUUACAGGCUACGACUUUGAGAACAGGCUUCAUGUCCGCAUCCAUUCAGCCCUGGCCUCUUUGAAGGAAGUAGUGCCUCAGUGACUCCAGCAAGGCUAUGCUCAUGGCUUUUUACAACACGUUUAAAGCCACUCCAGCUAACUCUCUGACAUCCUAGUGAACAGACUCCAGUGUUUUUCAUUCUUUACAGAUUUGGAGAAAUAUGCUUUGCUUUUCAUCUUACUCACACUCAGGCUGAUACGAGGCCUCUUCUCUGUGCAUUCAGCACAGAGAGCGAGGGUGAUACUAGCUUAGCACAAAGCCUGGAAACAGAUGGAAGCAGCUAGUGUAGCUGUGGCUAGCAAAUUAAAAACUAUACACACUUAUACUAAGUCUAUACCAACUGUUGUAAGACUUGUAGUUGACCAGCAAGCUAGUCGCCAGUUAAUCCAUGUACACUGGUUUGGUUACUGUGCAGACCUGGGACUGUCACUCCCACUGUUGGUAACCAGUAGUCCCAGUUGGCUGCUCAAGAACUUGCUCCAACUAGUUCUCACUGUUUCUCCAUGCUUUCUGUCUAUAUGCUAAGCUAGGCUAAACACUUCUUUAGCUAAUGUCUGAACUGGAUUCACAGAGAUGAAACGGAUAUCAAUACUUGACCCGAAGUAAGACAACAAAAAAGUGUAUUUCCUCAAAUCUCUAACUGUUCCUUUAAGUGUUUCCUGCACUCACACGUAUUAGCUAGCUAGUGACAAUUUUCCUCAUUAACUUGUGUAUUUGGAGGAUUUCGGUCAUGCCUCCCCCCUUUUCAGUGAGUCAUUCAGCACGUAACAGUAACCUUUUAAUGAGAUAAUACUUCCCUUAAUCAUAACUUUACCAAAAGUAAUAAAAAAUACAGAUAAUAGUGUUUUCCACAUUCUUUAUAAACACGCAGGUGACAUUUGAACAUCGUACACAAAUAAUGAAAUAGAAUUAAUAAUGCCAGUUCUUUGCUAUUUCACACAUCAUGAAAAACAUGAUGGAAAGUUUAGUCAGAUUUAAUAUUUGAUUUUUUAUGUCCUUAUACAGGACUCUGUGGGUUGUUACGUUUUCAGCAGUUAUUUAAUAAGUAGUGCUUCUAAUGAAAUUUUCAAAAUCUGCUUGUCAAAUUGCAAAAGGACAUUGAAACAUAUCACACAGGGGACACUUAUAUUGACAAUAGACUUUAAAUGACAAACGUGUCGUCUUAUUAGUUACUGGCCGCCUAAGAUCACACACAGUGACAGUAACUGAGAGAUCACAACACUUUACAAUGGCCUAAUGAAGUUUUUUAUAUGAAAACAGCAGGCAUUGAUCCUGUGCACUAUGCAUGGUAUGGCAGGGUAACAGUGGCUUUUAGACUGUACUGAAGUCAAGCAUACCUGGAUGUCCAUCCAUGCAAAUACAUGAAGGUAUUAUAGUACAAAACAUUGAGUACUGUAAUGUUACCACUGAAAGGUGCUGCUAAGUGUCAGCCUCGCAAACAUAUAUGAGUAGUGACUUAUUUUAAUAGUGUUUUAGUGAUACAAGCUUUUGAAAUAGUCCGUAAUAGUGAAAAGUUUAUUUAUUACAUAGCAGAAGUUGUACUUUUACAAGUGUCAUUUACCGUGAGCUAUUUUAGUUUGAGUCUUGAACCUAUGAAUCCUGUAAUGGCCUGAAAGGCAGACUACAGUGUUAGUGAUAAAGCUGGCUCAAGUGUGUGAUCUGGAAUUGGACAAGGAAUCAUAUUUCUGUGUUAAGUGAUUUUAACAACCUUUCUCAACACAGUUUUCCACUGUGCUCAUGAAUUAUUCUGUGUAGGGUAUUGCUUCCUGAGUUAGGGUCAUCCUCGCAAUAUAAACAAGCAUUAACAAUUUUAAUUUACAAAAGUUUUCAACAAUGACCAUCUGUGUUCACCCCAUGUUAAAGAAAGUGGAUGGGCAGGAUUUGUUCUGCUCACAUGAAGUUGGUCAAACAAAGCCAGUCGUCCCCUGUGACUGUGGUGGAUGUGAUAAACUGUGAUAAAUGUUGAGGUGGCCACUGCGCAAGUGGUCGAUUCAGUGCAAGUGAUGUGUUGAGCGGUGAAAUGUCAGUAAGAUGUCAUCUACCCCCUGUACCAAAUACUUCUGUCACU